GCGGGGAUGUAAGACCAUAAUUAACGACCCACGUGAACUCUUGGAGCGCAGGGUGGGAGGGUUUUAUACGUAACCGUCAUCUCAACCCAAGCAGUACCACUACUUACUCGAUGGCCACCGCACUUCGCCAUUGUCUUUUUAAACUCGCCGUCACCGCCGAGUCGGCUCCGCUUGACGAGCCAAAGAAGAAGAAGAAUGAAACGGCGUUCAAGGAGACGAAGCAGGUUUUCGUGGACUACGAUAGCGGCAAGCACGAAGUCUUCACCAGGGUGAGCGGGCUCCGCAAGGAUGACAUUCCCCAGCGCUAUCGCUUGCGAGUAGAAGGCAGACGCUUCCAGAAGGAUUGGACGGUGUCUGAGGUGGUGGACAUGGUUUUGAUGCUGAAUCUCUCGGAGGAUAUCGAGGGACUCCUGAAUCGCUGGGCUGGACGCUUUGCUCGGAAGAAUUUCCCGGUGCUUAUUAGGGAGUUGGUUCGAACGGGAUCUAUUGAGCACUGUAAUGCAGCGUUCCGUUGGAUGAAAAAUCAGAAAAAUUACUGUGCUCGAACUGAUAUAUAUAAUAUGAUGAUAAGGUUAAAUGCUAGGCAUAAUCGAACGGACCAGGCGCGUGGAUUUUUUUUUGAGAUGCAAGAAUGGAGGUGCAAGCCUGAUGCUGAGACUUACAAUGCUCUUAUCAAUGCUCAUGGGCGAGCAGGACAAUGGCGCUGGGCUUUGAAUAUCAUGGAAGACAUGCUACGUGCAGCUAUUCCACCAACCCGAUCAACAUAUAACAACUUGAUCAAUGCUUGUGGAUCUAGUGGAAAUUGGAAAGAAGCUCUUAAUGUUUGCAAGAAAAUGACAGACAAUGGAAUUGGGCCUGAUCUUGUUACUCACAAUAUUGUGUUAUCUGCAUUUAAAAGUGGGGCUCAGUAUGCAAAAGCUUUGUCUUAUUUUGAACUAAUGAAGGGAACCAACAUUCAUCCGAACACAAUUACGCUUAAUAUUGUGAUCCAUUGUCUAAUAAAGCUUCAACAAUAUGAGAAAGCUGUUGUUAUUUUCAAUUCCAUGAAGGAAAAGAGGUCAGAAUGUCACCCUGAUGUUGUAACAUUCACAAGUAUCAUUCACUUGUAUUCUAUGUGUGGGCAAGUUGAAAAUUGUGAGGCUGUGUUCAAUACAAUGCUGGCAGAAGGGCUAAAACCUAAUAUUGUCUCAUAUAAUGCAUUAAUUGGUGCAUAUGCCGCUCAGGGAAUGGACAAUAAAGCAGAGUUAGUUUUUAAUGAGAUUAAGCAAACUGGUCUGUGCCCAGAUAUUGUCUCCUAUACAUCUCUGCUUAAUGCUUAUGGAAGAUCUCAAAAACCCCAAAAGGCAAGGGAAGUAUUUGAAAUGAUGAAAAAAAACAACUGCAAGCCGAACCUUGUUAGCUACAAUGCACUGAUUGAUGCUUAUGGAUCUGGUGGUUUGUUAGCAGAAGCUGUUGAACUCUUGCGUGAGAUGGAGCAAGAUGGAAUUCAGCCAAAUGUUGUCUCAAUAUGCACUCUCUUGGCAGCAUGUGGACAAUGCAAUAAGAAGGUGAAGAUUGAUACAGUGCUUUCAGCAGCUCAGAUGCGAGGCAUUGAACUAAACACAAUUGCAUAUAAUUCAGCAAUUGGAAGCUACAUGAAUGUGGCAGAAUAUGACAAAGCUGUAGGCUUGUAUAAUUCUAUGAGGAAGAAAAAAGUUAAGCCUGAUUCUGUUACCUUCACUGUGCUGAUUAGUGGUUGUUGUAAGAUGUCAAGAUAUAGUGAGGCAAUCUCUUUUUGGGAAGAGAUGAUGCAUCUUAAACUUCCUUUGUCCAAAGAGGUCUAUUCAUCCGUCAUGUGUGCUUAUAGCAAACAGGGUCAACUCACAGAAGUAGAAUCUACAUUUGACUUGAUGAAAAAGUCUGCUUAUUACCCUGAUGUGGUUACAUAUACUGCAAUGGUUCAUGCAUACAGUGCUGCUGGUCAUUGGGAAAAAGCAUUUGCACUUUCUGAAGAAAUGGUUAAAAAUGACAUCAAACUAGAUACUAUUGCUUGUGCUGCUCUGAUGAGAGCUUUUAAUGAAGGAGGCCAACCCAGAAGGGCUCUGAAUCUGGCAGAAAGUAUGAGAGAAAAAGAGAUUCCAUUUACUGAUGCCAUUAUCUUUGAAUUGGUAUCUGCAUGUAGCUUGCUACGUGAUUGGAGGAUAGCUGAUGAACUGAUUAUUUAUAUAGAGCCCUUACUUCCUGUAGCUUCAGUUGGACUUAUUAAUCAGUUCCUGCAUUUUUUAGGAAAAAGUGGAAAGACUGAGACCAUGAUGAAGUUGUUCUACAAAAUGGUUGCAUCAGGUGCUGACGUUAGCUUUAAUACUUAUUCUGUUUUACUGAAGAACCUCUUAUCCUCUGGGAAUUGGAGGAAGGGCAUAGAGAUCCUGCAAUGGAUGGAAGAUGCAGGAGUUCAUCCAUCAUAUGAAAUGUACUGUGAUAUAUCUUCAUUUGCACGGAAAAGCUGUGGAGCUGAAAGUGCUGCUAUCAUUAAAGAAAGACUUGUUCUCUUAGCAGGCCUUUUACGUGUUACUGGUGUUGAUGGGUUCAAAAUAUUGGGUCUUUCUUGAACUAUUGAUCUAUUGAUUAGAAGAAAAUUUAGUUUGGAUGUUGCUAUAACAAAGUUCAAAUCACAAUAGACUUGUACAGUCAAGUUUUGUAAGUUCUUCUCUCUCUCUCUCUCUCUCUCAAAUUGAGCUAUUUAAAGGUAUCUACGCCUGCUAAUAUUUUCAACUAGUGGUAGUUUGUGUUUUUGUUUUCUUAAUUACCAAAACUGAAGAGAGAUAGUAUUUUACAAGACUAUAAUUGUCUUCUUUGACCAUGCCUUUGUUGGUUUUUAUUUGUCUGUUUUAGAUGUUUUUUACUUAAUUGUCUGUCAAGUUAGAGCUUGGUAAGACUGUCAUGGCGUUAAGAGAUUCUUUUGACUUAAAAUUUAUUUCGGUCAUAAACUUGUACAGAAUCCUUGAAAAGGAAAUUUAGGGAUCAAACGUCCACAAGCCAAUCUUCUGGGUCUCGUCUGUUAACUUGAUCGCUGAUCAUGGAACAGUUUUACGUCACCACAACCUGUGUUUCUAGCCUUCCGCAAGAAUUGCAUUUGAAAGAUUAAAGAUUAUCAGUCUGUUAGAUAUGAAGUUAAUUUAGAAUAUACCUGCCAUUUAUUUAUCAUGAUAGUGGAAGGAGUCACCACAAGGAAAGUUAUCGGGGUUUGUUUUUUUGUUAUAGUAAUUUUGACCUGCGCUGUCUGUAUGCAAGUUUCUCAACUGCAUUGAUGUACAGCUAGUAAAAUGGAAGUUUUGGCAUAGCACCUAAGAAUAAACUUGGUCAUUUUGUUGUCUGUCUGGCUUGAACCACACUUGAGACUUCUUGUAGCCCAUACUAGAUUUUACUCUCCAUGCGUAGGAAGAGAGAUAUGGAAUGAGUGACAUUCCAUUAUUGAGCUGCAGCCAAGAGUAUAUUGAUGUUCCAAAGCGGCUUUGGGAAGCUUCCGUUCUUUGCAGAGGUUCACCAACCACAAAUUGGCCGCCUCAGAGGGCUGGCUGUCCACGUCAGAAAUUAGACAGUUAUGGUGGAUAGGGUUGAAAGCUGUCGCUGACAUGCUUUGCAAGAAAAUGAAAGAUAAAGGGAAUUAAUUUCAACGAGAGAGAAAUGAUCGCUUCCGCCGGGAAGAUUUCAUUUUUGGUUUUUGUAUCUAAAAAGCCUUAUGGUGUAAUCAUGUGGCUCUUUGAACCUCAAGGAACGCGCUUAAUUUUAAUCAAGCACUAGCAUUGAUGUGUAA